AGCCCCUAUCCAUACAUACAUGUUUCGAGCACAUCAGGAACCCUUGUGUCGAAGAUGACAUGAAUUUAGAAAUAAAAUAGACAACAUGAAAACCAAGACGAGCAUCAUGCAGAGAAUAUACUUAUCAACAAUGUCCUGUAAAAAGACACGCUUAUCCAAAAUCCAGGAUAAACUAACGUUUACCUCCGUUGUUCCGCUACCCAGCAAGAUGAAGAUUGGGUUUCUUCGCCUCUUUGGCGAAUAUGACGGUCGGAACAUCCCUGACUAUGCCAAAUUCGUCAAUAUUAUGGAUUCCAAUAGCAAGAUCUUCGACCUAAGAUCGGUCACAUUUGGCCAGUUUUUGUGGAUUAUCAACGAACAGUUGUUGCGGCGGACAGCCAAGGAAAUCAUCUACUCUGGUGAUGUUAAGUCUUGUCGUCGAGGAAGACAGGUCCGGGUGAGGUCAGAUGGUCAAGAUAAAGUUGUUUAGUCCUGAGAAACUCGCAUUUUGUGAUAAUGUCAAUGUCGUAUUCUUUAUUAUGAUUGCUAACUAGUUAUCGUUAUUCCAUGUUAAGUGUUCUCUUAUCGAGUUAAAUUUUAGUAUGAGUGAUUCUAGAUAAGCUCAAUAUAAAUGAUAAUACAAGUCCGAAUAGUUUAAAAAGAUGUUAUGCUAAGAAAUAGUAUAUUCUGUCAGUGAUAAGGAUGUAAUUAUGGAAUUAUCAUUAAAUGUGGUAUAAUAUGCUCUCUGAAGAAGGCUAAUUGUGUCUUAUUACUACAUAAUUUAUUAUAUUCGUAAUUAUUAAAGUCGAUAAGUAGUAAGUAAUUAGUUAAUUAAUUAAGUGUGAAAGAAGAUUCAUAUACAUAUUUAUUUAUCAUAAAAAUAAUGUCGCAUUUUAUUCUACUUCAUUCCGGCUGAAAAUCAACGGCCAAAUUUACUAGCUGCCUGCGUGUGAAUCUUAGACUUUUAAUUAUAAUUAAGUAGUUUUAGUAGAAUUACAAUUAUCAUGUCUCAACACUAAUCUUAGUACAGGUAGAAUAGUUUCAAUUGCCAAUUAAACAGUCAGGUUUUAGCCAGUCGACGGAGGAGUAGAUUAUUUUCCAGUUUUUUUUCUCUCUCAUUUGCGAUAGAUAGAUCUUCGUAUUUAGUCGUAGAAGAGUAGAAGUAUAAUUUCUUAGUCAAUUUUGAAAAUGAAAAGAGGCAGUGAACAGGGUGGUUCGUCAUCUGGGGACGAUGAGCCAACAAAUCCCCCCUCCUCCUCGGCACCUUCUUCGGAAAAAUGCAAGUGGAUUAAAAUGGACAUGACGGCGGAAAGGACUGCAUCCGCCCUAAACAAUCAGGAGGGCCGUGGCAUGGUCGUGGAGAGAAGGACAGAACGGGUGAAUUCAUCUUUGGACCCGUUCUCUAUGAGCAACCUGGGGGCCUCCAUCUCCUCCUUGUUGCCACCUCCGUUGGCCUCUCCACCCCACCCAAGCCGCCCAAGGUCGCCGGAGUGGUCAGAACUUUUACACCGGUUAGAGAACCUGGUUUCCAUGGCCAUGUCCGAGACUGGUGUCGACAUCCCGCACGAC